AGAGUGUGAUGGCUGGAGCCACACAGUGAGUUACCUGGCUGUGGGAGCAUGGCACUUCCUGGAAUGAACAAAAGGCGUGGCCAAGGGUGAAAGGGACUUUUAUGCUGAAGCCAACUGAGUGGAGCAAACCAUCGGCUCUGAUGUCACGGGGGGGUUUGGGCUUAGUUAGUAUUAUUUUGAAUUCAGUUUGAUUAAGCAUCCAUUUUGUUUACCCCUUGAGUUAAACUUGGUUUGGCUCAACCACUAUAUAAGUUCCUUGAUGUCUCAUUGUGUCAGGUCUGUUUGUUUAGCUCACACGUCACCUUUUGUUGUGUUAAAUUGAGUUAUGUUAAGUUGACCUCUUUUAUAGGCCUAGUUCUUAUAAGUUUGUUGGCCUAAUUUUGGGUAAAAUAAAAAACCCACUUCUCUUUGAAACUUACACCUGUGUCUUGUGCCUUACUGCUUGGUCCCUAACAAUUGGUGGCAGUGGUGGGAUCAUUCAGUGGAGGACACAGGUUUUUUUUGGGGGGUUUUUUUCUUUGGUUUUUUGUUUUUUGUUUUUUCGCGCCUCAUCUUCCCCCAUUGGAAACUAAAAAAAAAAAAAAGGAAAAAUGCGUCCAGGAGGAAGAAGUGGAAGGAGUAGAGGAGGAUCUGCAACCCCACUGUUUGUUCAGGAGAAACAAGUCAGUGAUGAAGAGGAGAGUGGAGCUUGUGGAGUAGUGGAAAGCACUGAGGGUGAAGGUAAAGAACCAUCUCUGUCGGACCUGAUGUCAAUUCUACGAGCCAACAGGGGCCAGCAAGAGGCCCGGGAAGCCAGGCAGAAUGAGGUAACUGCAAAACAAGAUCAACAUCUUAAAGCACUUCAACACCAGUUUCAGCUUUUGCAGUUAGAGAUUCAGGCCAGGACAACUCCAACACCAGAGCCUCAGUUUUCAGACUUUGACCAACUAAAUGUGGAGGCCCCGACCCUAAAUGUACAAUAUCCUCAGUCCCAAACUGGGUCCAGUACCAUGACACUCCAUCCAACAGUCACUGCAGGUCAGUUUCAUUCUCAACAUGUGCCCAGAUUGGAAAAAUUAUCAGACGAUGAUGACAUUGAACAUUUUUUGAUAACAUUUGAACGUAUUGCUGUGGCAUGCCGUUGGCAGAAAUCUGACUGGAUUUUUCACUUGAUACCACUUCUUACUGGCAAGGCUAGAGGGGCAUAUGUGCACAUGGAUAUUGAUGACUCUCUUGAUUAUGACCUGGUUAAGUCUGCCGUUUUUGCUAAAUAUGACAUUAACCCUGAGACCUACAGACAAAAGUUUCGCUCCCUUGAGGUGGACCUGGAGGAAAGCCCAAAGGAAUUGUAUGCAAGGCUCAAGGAGCUUUACGGCAAGUGGAUCCAGCCUAAAGGUAAAACUAUUCAAGAAAUCGGUGAAAUGAUCAUUUUGGAGCAAUAUUUGAGAAUGCUGUCCCCUGAGCUUCAGGUCUGGAUCAGGGAGCAUAACCCUGUUUCGGCAUUGGAGGCUGCUAAGCUAGCUGAUGUCUUUGUGGCGGCCCGGAAAAAGGGGCAACCAUGGAGCUACAACACAUGGGAAACGAGGGACAACCGUAAACCAGUCCAACACAGCCAGCAGGAGGCAACCAGUUUGGGUAAGCCUCCCAUGGCAGAGAACCAGCCACCUGGCAGGUUGUCAAAGUACCCUAGUAAAAGGCCAGUUUGUUAUCUCUGUGGGCUUGAGGGCCAUACCAAACCCAUGUGCCCUAAAAACUCAGUUAAAAUGACCCAGAUGUGCUUUGUACCACGGCCUCAUGCUGAACCUGAGUUUAAGCAUGACCAGUCUAUUAAAAUGACAAACAUUGAAGUUAAUGGAAUAACUUUAAGGGCCCUGCUUGACUCUGGGAGUGAUCAGACUCUAGUGCACAGGAAGUUUGUACCACCCAACAUUAUCAGCACCAUGGAAACCAUUCCUAUCUGUUGUGUUCAUGGAGAUGAGAAGAGUUAUGUAACAGCUGAUAUGUACAUAAAGGUAUCGGGACAAACUUACCUCCUGAAUAUUGGAGUUGCUGAUAACUUACCCUUUGAUGCUGUGCUAGGACGAGAUCUCCCAGUUCUUUUUGAUUUGUUGGAGCCGGAGCAGAGCCGGUGCUGUAGUGCUGCUGUCACUAGAUUGCAGGCAAAAAAAUGUGACGAAACCUCUGAGAGUCUCAGUGCCCUGCCCUUUUUCGGGGAAGAGUUGGAAGCCACACCUGGGAAGUCUCGCAAAACUAGAAGUCUGAGAAGGCAGGAGAAGUUCCAACAAACAGUGGUAACAUCCCCGGAAAGCAAAAGAAAAGGAGCAAGGAGCUGAGAAGGACUCUGACAG